CCAGACACAGGUUCCCUUGGUCUUUCCUCUGCCCUUUUCUAAAACUGAGCGUUGGGAAAAAUGGAUGUCGACGACGUGAUUGACGUCUCCUCAGGUGACGAGAGCGACUACAACUCGCGACGCGCCAUUCUUGAACCUGCCAUCCGGAGUGUUAUAGACGCAUUAGGAGGAUAUGAGGAAGGUCGCUAUAGACUCGGAGACGAAUGCUACGGCUGUUUGAAGGACCUCAAGAAAUUUUGGAGGCGAGACGAUACCGAUGACGAGCGAACGGUCGCGAGGAUCUUCUGGGCGACACGCGUGCUGCCGAACGACCUAAUACCGAUUCUGCUCGAGACCGCGGGGCGCGGAAUGUUCGAGGACAAGAGGGCGAUUGCGUGCGCGGACUUGAUGACGGCGAUGACCUGGCCUAUAGACGUGGCAGAGGAGCUGAAGGAACUCGACGAGGUGUUGGACAAGGGCACAGACUACACGCAGCUCCUCCAGAGUCACCUGUACUACAAGGCAGCGUUACUCAAGUCGGGAGUUAUGGAGGCUCUGCUUGGUAUUGUCAUGCCUUGCUUGGCGAAAGACAUGAAGGAGAGGACGGAGCGCGAUGUGCAGAUUAUCGGCGUCAUCCUCUACCUCAUCCGCAACCUCGCAUUCAUCAAGGACCUUCCGUCGAACAUGUACCUGAGCGCGGACCAGGCCGAGUUCUCUUCCCUGCAGAGCAAGCUCGUCAAGAUGCUCUCCGAGACCAAUAUUCUGGACCUUCUGCUCACCAUCGCAUCGAACGGGAGCGAAGACACCAUGUUCAAUCACUGGAACGUACUAAUCCUCGAGAUAUUCUACUUUCUCUUCCGAGGUAUCAAGCCAGUGUCACUGGCAGGAGAUCAAGGCGAGGCGAGUGACAACAAUCUCCGCCGUCUGCUCGCCGUCGAAGACAGUAUGAAGCGCAGCUUUGCGCGUAACGCGUCCUCGCGACACUCUCGCUUUGGAACUACCAUCUCCGUCACUCUGAACCCCAAGUUAGCGGCGAAGCAGAACGCCGCGACUAGCACAGCAAACGCUGAAGGCGAAGCGCCGCCACUGCCAGAGGCGCAGGCAAGCACUUCGGGCCCAGCGUUUGUACUCCAUCGCCAGCAGGCAUUACGGAAGGACGCGGGAAGUAUGUUACAUGCAGGAAAGCGGGCCAAAGCACAGAAGGUCAAGAAGAUGGACGAGCUCGCCAGGGAGGAGAAUCUGAACCCGGAGUCGAGAACGAUCCUCCAAGGUCUGGCGAAGACUUUCCUGGAGAGCUGCUUCAACCCGUUCCUCGCAUCCCUUCUGAAGGAUAUUAAGGCCGAGCGACCAAAGAUUACGGAAAAGGACCAUCUCCGGCUGCUCUAUAUCACCAAGUGGUUCCUCGAGUUCCUCCUCUGCCUGCGCUCAACCGACAAGUCGCGCACAUGGAGCUUUGGCCUGAUUGCGGAGGUCACGGAGCGGAAUUGGAUAGUCUGGGUCCUGCGACGGAUGCGCGAAGCCGUCAACGAAAAGCCAAAACUCUGGACAGAGCUACAGGCGGGCGUCGAGUGUCUGACGCAGCUCGUGCUGCUCAUCGAUGCGAUGAGCUCGUCGGGCGUUGAGGACGCGCAGCACGUGUCCGAGGUGCUGCAGGUGCAGAUCGUGUACAACGGCGAAGUCCUCGACAUCGCGUUCGACAGCCUGAAGGUGUACAAAGAGGGAACACAAAGCCUUACAUACCUCGACUCGAGCGUGCAUCUUGCCUAUGCGCUGCUGCGCCUCCUUGAGCGGUAUGCGAAGAAGGAGGGAUCUGGGCUGGUCAGGCAGAAGAAGCGUAGGGCCAAAAAGAAAGAGGCAGGUGGUGGUGUGCCUGACGAUGAGGAGGAGGAGUUCGAUGCUGAAGAAGAAGAGAUGACGGAGACUAUGUUCACGUUCGAUGCCUUCGAGCAGAGAUUCGCCAAUCCAGACGUCACGCAGACACUGCUCAUGUAUCUCGCACGCUACAAGGAGUUUAGCUCUUCUGAGGAUAUGAAGCGCAUCGUCAACCUCCUUCAUCGACAAGCCAUCAAGGCUAAGGCUGAGGGGUUGUUCUUUAAGGUUUCUACUCUGGAGCUCUUCAAGUCCAUCCUAGAUGAAGAGAAGUCCUUGCCGCGCGAGCAGCCCUACAAAGACCUCGUCGUGCUCAUCCACUAUAUCCUCCGGCAAUUCUUCAAGACUGUCGAAGAAGACUCGUUCCUUGUCGUUGAAGCUUUCUACUCAAAGAACCGCGGCAAGUGGAAGGCGCUCUCGAGCUGGGAGCCCCCGGCCAAAGGAGCAAGGGCGCUCGAGCCCGAGAACGAUACGGUCCUCGAGAACCGGUGGCUUACCGAUGUACAUGUUAAGAAAGGGUAUACCUGGGAGCAGCAGCUCGCGAUUGCGGUCAGGAUACUGGUAGAGGACGAGAAGCAGGUGAUCGUUAACUGGGUUAAAGAGACCUUGACAAUGGUGAUUGGGAUCAGGCAGAGGAUUGUCGAGGAUACGGACGGGUCGAGCUCGCAAGCCGCCGACCUAUCGCAAGACGAAGACGAAGAGACCUCGGCUGUAAAGCGGAGAGGCCCGUCCAAGGAAGCGAUGGAGAAGUUUACUGACUAUAUGAUUCCCUACGUCAGUGACGAGCAGGCAGACGCUGCGACCAAAGAUCCGCAUGUGAAGCUCGUCUUCCGGCUCUUGCACUUCGCGAUCCUUGCUGAAGGCGAGCAUCUGGAGUGGUAUGUUCCCGCCGCGAUCGUCCCGGAGGAGCUCCAGCGAAGCCUCGCACUUAUCAACCAGUUCCUCGAGAAGCCUAUCGAUCUCGGAGACAAAAGCGCUUCAGCGCUGCUGCAGCGCGACAGGCGCAAACGGCGCCGUCGCCGACGUCCGUCCCCGACACCAGAGGCAAGCGACGCCGAAGACGACGAGCCGCGGCGGCGGCGACGAGAGAAGAAGAAGAAGAAAGAGACGCGGUUGUACAAGAGCGCACAGUUCGUGGAGGAUAGUGACGUGGACGAGGCGGAGUGGGAGCGCUUCUUUGCGAAAGAGAAGGAGCUCCGCGAGCGCAUGAAGCUCAACGCGCUCAAGGAGGGCAAGGAUCUCGCGACGAUGAAACAGAACGGGACGAAGAAACGGAGGCGCAAGGGCGAGAAGGCGGGUGAGGAGAAGCGCAAACGGAUGCGUGUGCCCGGUGACGACGAUGGUGUUGACGCCGGUGACGGCGUUGGCAGCGAAGACGAGGAUGAGCCUGCAAAAGUGCUUGUCACGAUCGACUCGGACAAGGACUCAGAUUCGGACGAUGGUGGCAUCUUCAACCCAUUCUCGUCUCCCAAACCAGGUCCGUCUUCGCGGACAUCCCCAGAGGACAGCUCAGAAGCGGCCCAACCACAAAAGACAAAGCUGAAGCCGAGGCCAAAACCGAGACCGCGGGCCAAGGCGAAGGCCCCGACACCAGAAGUUGAAGAGGUGCAAGAGGCUUCAGCAUCACUGCCGAAAUCGAAUUCUCCGCCAAUGGAGGUGUCUGAUGGUGAUGAUGACGAAGUUGUGACGAUACCGCGGAAAGUUGUGAAUAAGCCGCUGUUCAUAUCUUCCGACGAGGAAGACUGAAGUUGUUUCGGGACUGUUACUUCUCAUAUAGUUGUAUACUCCACAUUUGCGUGUAUAUCGUACACCGUAUUACCCGG